AUGGAGCCAGAAAGACAGAAGACACAAUUAGGAAAUUUGAGAUGGAGUGAGCGGGGCACAGAUAAAGAGAGCGAGACAGAGAGAGUCUGGGUCUCAGAUGCUUCUGUCUUGUCUGAAAUCUCCGAUAUCCGCAAGGGUGAGGAUGAGGGUGAGGAUGCGGAUGAGGAUGCGGAUGAGGAUGAGGAUGCGGAUGACAAGUUGCCAAACUUUCAACGAACGGAAUGUUGGAGUCUGUGGUUGAUGGAUCUUGCUCGGUUACAUCGGGGACACGAUGCUUCAAGUGAUGCGGGAGAUAAACAGUUUGUGUAAAUGUCGCCUUCACAUCAUCUCAGUAAAUAUAUUAGAGAACUUGAGGAGACAGAGGGGAGAUGGAGGAAAGGACACCAACAGCUAAAAGGAGAGACGGAC